AUUAAUCUGAUAACUUAUUUGUUUUGCUUCAGAAAAUGGAUCAUUCUUAUGCUUCAUUCAUCUCUUGCAGUGGAGGAUCAAGAAAAAGUAUUUGACUCACCACCAGAAGGAUUUCGUAAAUGCAUUAUCAGUUCUAAUAUUGCCGAGACUAGUCUUACUAUCGACGGCAUUCGUUUUAUCGUAGAUUCAGGAAAAGUCAAGGAAAUGAAUCACGAUCCAGCAUCUAAAAUGAGUCGCCUAUCAGAAUUCUGGAUCUCAAAAGCUAGUGCUAAACAAAGAACUGGUCGUGCAGGACGUACAGGACCCGGUGAGUGUUUUAGAUUGUACUCUGAAAAUGAAUUCAAUCAUUUCCAUGAUUUCGCGAUCCCGGAAAUUCAGCGAGCUCCUCUUGAGCCUCUUUUACUACAAAUCAAAUCCAUGGAUUUGGGAAAUCCUCGCCAGUUCGACUAUAUCGAGAUGCCUUCAAUGGAUUUUAUUAAUGCAUCAAUGGAUUUUUUACAUAAUCUUGGAGCUAUAGAUUCAAACGAAAAUUUACUUGGGUUGGGAUCUGUUCUAGCAGAGCUUCCUGUAGAUUCUAUAGUGGGAAAAAUGCUUAUUAUGGGAGUCGUGUUUAAUAUCGUGGAUCCAGUCAUUACCAUCGCUGCUGGCAUGAGCGUACAAUCACCUUUCACCCGUGUUACAUAUAACACUAAUCCAGAGGUAUUAAAGAGUCGAAGCCAGUUUGAUUCGAUUCACGGAGACCCAUUCACAUUAUUAAACUUGUGGCAGGGUUGGCUUACCGCUAAAGCCGAUAGCAAGACUUCUUCUCGGAAAUGGUGUAGACAAAAUGGUGUCGAAGAACAGAGGCUUUACGAGAUCGCCAAGAUGAAAAAACAGUUUGAAAAGGUAUUGAACGAUUUUCAACCAGGGUUAUUACAGUCUCUUUCCGCACUUAAUGAAGACGAUUAUGAUAAAGAGGCACAGGCUGAUCCUAAAUCACGUUAUGCGGCUCAAGAAAAGUUACGCAGAGAAAGAUACGAUCAAAAAUCUAAUAAGAGAAGACGUGUUCUAGAGAUAAUUGAUUACUCCAAGGAGGAUACAUUUGAACUCGAUAAGGAAACUGACAAAAAAGAUAUUCGUGAUUUGGAGUUCACAUUAAUGAAUAAUGUGAAAGCUCUCCAAUCAAGAUCCGCGUCGCUUUCUAAUAAAGAAAUUGAACUUGUCAAACUGGUCAUAUGCUCUUCAUUGUAUCCGCAAUUAGCAAUAGGAGAUGAGCAUAACGCGUAUAGAAAGAGCAAUGAAAUUGUGUUUAAUACCCCUACCAAAAACUUUUUAUCGCUCCACCCUAGUAGUGUCAUUGCAUCCCACCCAGAGUGGGUUCAAGGCCUCGAAGAACAUAUCAGAAAAGAUGACAAGACUGUAGAAGCGGCGUUAUAUCAUCAGCUUUUAUGUUACCUACAGCUUUUAGAAACUACUAAACCGUUUAUCGUAAAUAUCACCCGUGUACCUGGCAUUCAUGUGCUAUUGCUAUUUGGCAAAGUCAUCGAUACAAACACGGAUUGCAGUGUUCUAGUGGUUGACUCGUACUUUAUGAUCAAAUUUCGAACUACUCAGGUAGCAGAGUAUAUUUUAUACUUAACUUACAAACUACGUAGCACAUGGGAUAAGCUACUGAAUCUGCGGAUUAGUCGUGGACUAGGAAAGACAUUUGAAAGUCAUUUAGAGAACUCUAUUAUUAGUCCCUCGACAAAAAUGGGCCUUCCAUAUGCAAUACAGCAGAUUUUAGAUGAUCAGACAGAUGAGAUAAACAAUAACAAGCCAAUUGACAUGUGGACAUCUCAAGCCGAAGAACAAUACCAAGCCCAAAUGCAGUCUUUAAAUAGUAAUAUGUAUUUUUAUCAUACGAUGAAUAUUGGAGUUGACAAGUUUAUUAGGAAAAUUGGUGGAUUUUAUGGAAACAUCUAUAUCAGCUGAACUGAUGGCUGCUAAAGCAUCCGAAUUGUUAAAAAUGUACCCAAAAUAUAUUGAAGACAGUAGGACAGAAAACGAAAAUAAGUACCCAAGAGAAUGGAAACCCAAAGAAGUUGUUAGGUCCGGUAUUCAAGUUACUACAAACAUGUAUUAUGAGAGUAUAAACAUUCCGUCUUGUGCAUCAAAGAUUCCAGAAUCAGCAGACAGCCUACCAAACAACA